AUGGCAGAUCAAGACGACCGGUCCUCCGAGGACAUACAAGCUUCCAGUGAUGAAGAGACCGUAAAGGCCGAGAGGGAGGAAGACGGCAUCGUCGGCCUUUUGGAUGAUGAAACCCAGACGUCCAGCAGCACACCACCAGCGACUGAGAGUGGCGCACUUCCGAACCGAUACAGGGAGAUUUUGCGCGAGCAAGCCGACAAUGUAUCCGACGAAGGCUCCGUGGAUGCCGUUCCCAAGCGGGUCGGGAGCCCGAUUGAUUCCCUGAUGUCGGGCUCUGUGAUCUCGUCUCCGAGCAGUAGUGUUCUCCCCUCUGUGGCCUCCCGACCCGGCCUCAGCAGUCCCACCCCCUCAUUCCGACCCUUCGACCGUCGCUUCCAAUCCCGCAUCUCAUCCGCAAGCUUCAUUCACAGCCCGCGAUCCUCCUCCCCCGGCUUUCUCACCAGCCACAGCCGCUCCGCUUCCCUCAGCUCAAACCUGCUAGACCGCGACGACACCGACACCCCAUCUCCACCAUGGGAAGUUGUACGAUGGACGAGGUUGAAGAAACUCAACGGCCAGGCCUUCUCCGAGGCUGGCAAGCGCAACUUUGGCGCCCCUACAUGCAUUGCUGUCUCAGCUUCGAUUGUGCUGGGAACUACGAAGGGUAUAAUAUUAAUGUUUGAUUACAAUCAGGUCUUGAAGACCAUCAUCGGUCCCGGGACCAAGGCGGUCGAGUCUGGUGCCAUCACCGCCAUCGCAGUUUCGGCAGACCAUACCACGAUUGCCGGAGGCCAUGCGAACGGAAACAUAUUCACCUGGGAGGCAAACCGAGCAUCUAGGCCGUUCCUUUCCAUACCGCACCUUGAACAGCCGCAACUGCAAAACCGGACUGUUGAUGGACACCUGCCAGGGGUUGCUGUGACCCAUCUCGGCUUCCUCGGAACAAGACACACUGCGCUCGUGUCAGCGGACGACCGCGGCAUGGCUUUCUCGCACCUGGCAACAAGAGGUACAGGAUCCCUCGGCCGGACCGUGAAGACGACGAGGAUACUAGGAAGGUAUCCGAACGCUGCCCCUCCAGCCGGCAAGCCUCUCAAGCCUAGUACGGUCCUAGCAUUCAGCCCCUUGCCCCUUGGCAACACGGAGCGUGCGACAGACACUAUGGGCCUUACCGCAAUGCUGACGCCUUAUUUACUGGUCAUCGUGUCCACGACACCCGUUGCACAAACCCAGCACAAGUCGGCGAGGCCCAAGGAUGUUGCUCACCAUAGCGCCAUGACCGGAUGCCUGGCGUGGUUCCCUGCCGUGAAGCUUAAGGUUCCGGAUCCUGUCACAGGAAGCGAUAUUUCCAAAGUCAAAUUGGUGUACUGCUGGUCCAAUGUCUUGACUGUCCUAGACGUUGACGAGAUCCUGGCCGAGAACAAGGACAAACCACCGACGCUCAAGUUUAAGGCACGGAGUAGGUGGAAGUGCGAAGAAGCCAUCGUCGCAGUGCAGUGGCUUAGUCGAUCGGUGCUCACCGUUCUGACAAUCUCACAGCGCUUGAUUGUGCUCGAGGACCGAACAAUGCGGCAGACAGAAGGCUUCGACUUGAUCAACAAGUUUAUUUAUCAUGCCGAUCUCUUCUCGAAACAGCUACACACUCUAGUGGAGCAAUUAGACGAGGACGAUACGUCUAUGCAUGGUGUUGUAGCUGACGCAUUUUACAUGAGUUUGAAGACGUACAAGGGCAAAAUUUUCUUGCUUGGAUUCAACGAUGUGUCCAUUGGGUCACUAUCAAACUGGGCUGAUCGAAUCAUUGCUCUUAUGGAGAACGGUGACUAUGUCGGUGCGAUACAGCUUGGCACAUCGUACUACACCGGUGACGCAGACAAGCUUACAAUUGGGUUGCCUGAAGACACCUCGCUACGGCACUCAAUGGUCCGCGACAAGCUUAUGGAAAUCAUGAAAGCGUCGCUCAAAUACGCCUUCACCCAGCGCCAAAAGGACAAAACAGCAGCCGACGACAACCAUGUGCGGGAGCUUUGCGAGACGUGUUUCACUGCCUGUCACAAUGUGAGCGACGUUGAUUUCCUUUUCGAAGAGAUGUACGAGUGGUAUGAGGACGCUGGCGUGGAGGGCAUCUUCUUCGAAACCAUGGAACCUUAUAUCCUCGAGAAGAACAUUACCAUCGUACCACCUGCUGUUGUGAAGGCUGUGGUGACAUAUUACGUCACCAAAGGAUGGGAGAGUCGACUUGAGGAGAUCAUCGUCCACAUGGACACUAUGACGCUGGACCUGGACCAGAUCACACUGCUGUGCAAGCAGCACAGCCUCUACGACGCGCUGAUAUGUGUCUGGAACCAGGCAUUGAACGAUUACAUCACACCGCUGAUCGACCUACUAACGUUGCUGGUACCUCUCAUGAGCAAUGGUGACUACAUGUCUUCCGGAAACAUGGAGGACGAGAUAUACGGCGUGAACGCGUUGAAGAUGUUCCCCUACCUCUCCUACACAUUGACGGGCAGAGUAUAUCCUACCGGCGAGAUUAUGGAUGACGCCACUGCCUCGAAGGCUAAGGCUGAGAUUUACUGGUUUCUAUUCUCAGGAAACAGUGUCACAUGGCCCAAAGGCAGCGACCGACGCUUCCUUACACGGCCAGAUCAGCAUACAGAGCCGUCCUUCCCUUAUCUCAGACUGAUACUGAAGUUUGAUGCCCCGAGUUUCUUGAGUGCGGUGAACGAGGCCUUUGAGGAUUCGUUUUUGAACGAUUCGCCGGACAAGCAAGUUAACGGUGGCAUCAGGGGCGACGUGCCAGAAGAGCAGAUCUUUGGCCGUACGGUCGACCGUCAAUACAUCGUAUCCAUACUUCUGGAGAUUAUGAAUCCGGCGGACUUCGCAGCCGAGGACACGAUCUAUCUCGAUAUGUUCAUCGCUCGGAACCUGCCAAAGUUCCCUCAAUACUUGCUCUUCCCGGGUUCAACUCUCACGAAGGUUCUAACCGGACUGUGCAACUACCCCGGAUCAGAUCUUGCCGAAGAUGCACAGCUCAGCGCCGAGUACCUCCUAUCGAUUUAUCAACCGCCUGAUGCGAACACGCUCAUACCGAUGUUCAAGAAGGCCGGUUUCUACCGGAUUUUGAAGAGGCAAUACAAGGUUGAUAAACAGUAUGGCAAGCUUGUCCAGACUUAUUUCGAAGACCCCGCUGACCGGGACGCCGUCUUUGAAUGUAUCGGGGACUGUCUACGGCCACAGAGUGGUCUGAACCGCCGCCAGGUUCAGGAAGUCCUUGACGCAAUCAGGAACAAUGCCAGGGCACUUAUCGAGACCAAUCCUGUCGAAGCUGCGAAGUCUCUAUCAGGACAGCCCGCAGACAUCCACCGGCAUGUUCUGGAUUCUACCGACUCGUUGGGGCUGCAAUUCUUUUAUCUCCGAACGUUGCUCGAGCCAGAAAAGCGCGACGGGGAAUCCCCAGCGAACCCCGACCGAGCUCUGAUUGAACGCUAUGUGCAACUCAUGUGUAGAUUUGACUCAGCUCAUGUGUCUGACUAUAUUGGCUUGGUUCAAUCUGUUAACCUUCGACUUGAUGCCUUGCUUCCAACUAUGGAAGAGACUGGUGUCAUCGACGCUGCCGUUGUGCUCAUGGCUCGAGAGGGGCAGAUCAAGGAUGCUAUGGACAGACUUGUUAAGCACCUUGGUACGCUCGAGUCUGCCCUGCAAGGUGUUCUGACAGGCGCUCAAAACAACGACAAAGCUGGAGACUUGCAGUCAGGGGCUGAAGAAAUCUUGCGGGCACUGCAGAAGUACGUGCAUGUAGGCAUCUGGCUUUGUCAAGGUCAGACCAAGUCUUCGAGAAAGGCGAACGGCGUUCAAAAGAAGACAAAGUCAUCAACUUCAGAGGUCUUGUCACCUGAUGAAGAGCUUUGGCUCAACCUGAUCGAUGCAGCAGUGCAGACAACCCGGCAGAUAUCGUCCACCAUUGAGACUACGGGAACCACUGAGAAUGACACUCUAUCUCAUGACAUUCACGAUGGACUUGACGAUCUAGAUAAGGAUAAGCUUUUGGCUCUUUUGCGAUCCCUCGUCCAACACACCUUCACGGCUCUCCUGACAACAACUUCUAGCCCAGCAGGAGGUCAAGGUGGGGGGAGACUUCUCACGAAUGCCGGGAGCAAUUUGUCAUUCCUCCGCAUCCUACGAGCAUUCCUCACUCGAGCCGCGGCCUCGUCACCUAACCUCGCAGAUUUGCGCUCCGUUCUGGCAUCGAUCUUCUCUGCCUAUGCCUACGAAGAAUCAAUACUUCGGCUUUCCAACCGACUUCUUGAGCGAAGCCUGUUUGUAAAUGUCAAGCAAGCUGUAGACCUUCGUCAACGAGGCUGGCGACCUAGGGGCUCGACUUGCGAAGCUUGUGGUCGCCGCAUCUGGGGCCCGGGUGUUUCGGGAAAUGUCUUUGAGGCUUGGGAGGAGAAGCAAGCGCGAGAAGAAGAGUGGAAAGCAGAAAAGAAAGCCUUGGUCGUUGCUGGAGACAAGGGGAAGGCCGGAAGCGGCAGCGACGUAUCACAGGCCGUAUCAGACUCUAAAGGGAAGGGUAGGGCCGCGCCUGUGGCAUCAGAUUCCCAUGUGGAGGCGGACGAGGCAGCGCCGGAGGAAGGCGCUGAGGGACAAAGCGAAGCUGUGGCGAAACCGAGAGAGCAGCCGCUGGGACCUUUAGUCGUACUGGCUUGCAGGCAUAUUUACCAUCAGAGCUGCUUGGACGCCUACCAGUCCCGGCCAGAGGUUGAGGGGAAAACCCGGGCGGAGACUCACGCGAGGGAGUACAGGUGUCCGAUUGAUGGAUAG